AUGACUUGUGAAGGACAGCGCGUAUUCAACUAUGAAAAUAACGUGGACUAUGUCAACGGAUCAGAUUUACUAGUCUCUAACCCAUCUCAUUCUUAUAGACUUCAAAAUAGCCAAUCUAGCCAUGCACCUGGAACCUCGUACUUGAGUGAACGGCUGUGGUGGGUAGGAAUGGCAGUUAUGCUUCUUGGCGAACUGGGAAAUUUUGCCGCGUAUGGGUUUGCACCAGCAGUUUUGGUUGCUCCAUUGGGCACUGUUGCAUUGAUAUCCAAUGCUCUUAUUGCGCCUGCUUUUUUAGGUGAAACGCUGCGUAAUCAAGAUAUAGUUGGUAUUCUAUUUGCUGUCCUAGGCACGGGAAUCAUUUUGGCUGUUAGCAGUCAAAUAAGCGAGCCAACACUUUCAGCAGAUGAUAUUGUUGCUGCCUUGACUCAACCGCAAUUUGUACUCUACUGUAUUGUUACUGCAAGUAUCCUUAGUGUCAUGCUUGCCAUCUCGUACACACCUUAUGGUCGCAAAUACAUUUUUGUAGAUUUAAGCAUUGUAGCAUUGUUUGGCGGAUACACCGUACUGGCAACAAAAGCACUUUCAAGUCUGCUAAAGAUGUCCUUUUUUCUUUUAUCUAGUCACUGGGUAGUUUAUUUGAUGAUUUUUGUUCUAACAUCGACAGCAGUGCUUCAAGUCCAGCAUUUAAACCGAGCCCUCUCUGCAUUUGAUUCAGUGGAAGUUAUUCCAACCAACUUUGUUCUGUUUACCACAUCUAGCAUCAUUGGGUCUUCUAUUUUGUACAAUGAUUUGCAGAGAACAAAUCCUUUGGCCCUUUUGGGUGUCAUUUGUAUGUUUUUUGGAGUUAUUUUG